AUGAUACGAUCAGCAUGUGUAUGUGUAUCACGCUUCUUAGAUCAAGUUCUUCGUCCAAUAUUUGAUCGACCAACUAGACAAACAACAUUCGCCAACAAUAUUCAUUUCGUUCGCCGAUUGGAACUUUACCGGAAUCUUGACCUUUUAACAUCAACAACAAAUUUUAUUACAUAUGAUGUUGAUGAUUUCUAUACAAUGAUACCAAGAGAUGGAGCUCUACUUGCCUUACAGCAACUUUUGACUAAGCAUGUCGAUAAUGGUAAAAUCCAUGGCAUGACAAUUAAUACCGCUAUGAAAUUAGCUAAUGCAGUUUUGGACACUAACUCGUUUGUUGUCGAAGACAAAUAUUAUAAAAAAAUUCGUGGUGGAGCAAUUGGAUCAUCGUUUACAAUGACUUUGGCUAAUAUUUACAUUUUGAAAUGA